CUACGCAUGUCAACGGAAGUGGAAACCGGGCAGCGAGAUGAUCAAUAUUAAAACAAACCCGCCGUGCUUUAAUAAAGCCGCAUGUCUCCACGUGUAGAGCACCAGUGAGGCUCCGAAAGACCGGGCGGCAGAUGCCGGAGACCCUGCGGCUCUUCAGUGCUCCUGCAGCGGCUUUCUGUUUCUGAAGAGAGCGAGAGAGAGGACGAACACGGAGCAAGAAUGAGAAGACUUCCCAUUCUGCUCGCCCUCCUCUGGGUCUGCUCAGUGUUUUACGUGGGCAUCUUCCUGUUUGUGGGAGGCUUUCUCCUGGUCCGGCUGGAGGUUAACAGAACAAGCACCUGUGCGGACAUCUUGUCUCCAGGAGCUCAGCUGAAGGGCGAUUUCUGCCUGAGUGAGCCACGCUUUCGCAGGGCAGUGGUGUUGAUCAUCGACGCUCUGAAGGCCGACUUUACCCGCUAUGAUCCAGAGAAUGCGGCACCCAAACCCUUUGAAAACAAGCUGCCGGUGUUGGAUGAGAUGGCAUCAGCACAUUCCUCUCAUGCCAGGCUGUACACCUUUCGCGCCGAUCCGCCCACCACUACCAUGCAGAGGAUUAAAGGCUUCACAACGGGCUCUCUGCCCACUUUCAUUGAUGUGGGGAACAACUUCGCAUCCAAUGCCAUCCUGGAAGACAAUCUAGUGCACCAGCUGGGACAAGUGGGUAAGAGAGUUGUUUUUAUGGGGGACGAUACAUGGGUGAGUCUCUUCCCAAAGAAAUUCCACAGAUCUCUGCCCUUCCCCUCCUUUAAUGUGAAGGACUUGCACACCGUUGACAAUGGCAUUCUCCAAAAUAUUUAUCCUACCAUGGAGGGGGAUGAUUGGGAUGUGCUGAUUGCACAUUUCCUGGGUGUGGAUCACUGUGGGCACAGAUUUGGCCCGGAUCACCCUGCGAUGGCAGAAAAACUCUCCCAGAUGGAUGGAGUUAUCAGGUCAGUGAUUAAGCGUCUGAAGAAUGACACACUGUUGGUGGUAAUGGGAGAUCAUGGAAUGACAGACACUGGAGAUCAUGGUGGAGAGAGCCAGAAAGAGACGGAUGCUGCUCUGUUUCUCUACAGCUCCUCUCCCUUAUUUCCUGCACCAGGCUCGCAGGUGGAACCUGAGGUUGUACCUCAGACUGAUCUGGUGCCCACACUGGCACUACUGCUGGGAGUUCCCAUUCCCUAUAGCAGUGUGGGCCAGGUUCUUCUGCCACUUUUUCCUCAGAAUGGCUCCCGGAGUGCACCUACAGGUCUCAGCCAGGCUGAGGCGCUGUGGAUUAACGUCAAACAGGUAAACCGCUUCUUGGAGACCUAUUCUAACAUGGCCAAAGACAUCCCACCAGACAGUCUGUCUCAGCUGCGGGCUGACUUCUCAAAUAUUUCCUCCCAGUACUUGUCUGCUGUCCACAAGGGUCAUCUCCCGUCUCCUAAACUAGUCAUCUCCAUGCAGAACUAUCUGACAGCUGUCAGGGAGACUUGUAGAGCCUCCUGGGCCCGAUUCAACCCUUUAAAAAUGGCUGCUGGUCUAUUAAUCUUGUCGGUUUCCUGUAUGCUGUGCUACGCCCUUUCUGAGUUGUCUUGUGUAGUCAUUCAGGAAGGCUUGCUCAAGUUGCCCAUUCUCUCCGGGCUGGCAGUAGGACUAGGAGUAGCUGCAGGUCAGCUGUUUUUGCAAGGUUAUUUGGAGUUCUCAUGGUGUUUAGGAACUGCAGCACUUUCAUCUGAGGUGUUAUUUCUGUGGAAGACACGUAGAGUUUCUCAAAAAUGUAAGUGGUCACUUUCUGGCCUCCUCACGCCUGCACUGCUUGUGCUUUUCCUGCGCUGUGCCUCGCUGCUUUCGGACAGCUAUGUCAUCUAUGAAGGCCAUGUGGUUACUUUUUUGCUCUUCACAUUGAGCAUAUAUAUUCCACUCCGUCUUAACUGGGAUGGGCUCCUGGUUCCACUUCCUCCACCAGACACCCAGAAGCCACCAAGGUUGCUGCCAACAGCACUGCCAUCGUCUGUGGUCAGACGGGAAGCUACUGUGUUGUUAGUGUGGUUGGGAGUGCUGGUGGGGUCGCUAUAUGUAUCCCUUUCCUUCCACAACUGCCGAGAGGAGCAGGGAUCCUGCCAGCCCUCAUCUUUCCUCUCCCCGCUCUCACGUGUACAGGACAGCCAGCUGCGCAACCUACACUAUGUACUCUCUGUAUUCUCACUGGCCACGUGGGGGUACCUUCUACACCGUUGGCUGAGACACUAUGGGAACCUAAACUGUUCCAGUUUGACUGUAUUUACAGCCUGCUUUCUCAUACCACUGGCCUGUGUUUGCAUUGGGUUGCACUGGGCAGUGAGUGCCACCCCAGAGGACACCUUCCGGAGUUUGUCCGAACUUAUUGGUCUAGCCCAGGUGUUCCUGCCACGGGCUGCUUUCUGCCUGUUGGGCCUGGGUUUGCUCCUGUUGUGGCUGGACCCCAUGACUGUGUUCCUCAAGACAAGGACUCCAUUGAGCUCUCGAGGAACAUCUCUGCCACCCCCUAAAUACAGAGCCAGCACGGGAAUCAGUCCGCAAGCUGAACUGCACCAUCUGAUCCCACAGCUCUAUCAGCGCAUCCGACACUCGCUGGAGGACGGGAGCACAGAUGGUGGUGAAGUAGACAACAGGCCAGCUGUGGAGGCUUAUGGGCUGGGUACAGUGUACUCUGCUCCUUUGGUCCUGCUUUGCGGACUCUUGGGGUUGGUGGUGCUUCUACUCCAUCCAGAGGGAAUGGCCCUUGCCUUCCUGCUUCUCCUCUUGGAAGCAGGAGCAGUGCUGCACAUUCAUGCCUGUAGCACCACUCUCUCCAGCCUGCACAAACACUCCAAUGAUUUCAGUGUUCCAUGGGCUCCAGUGGUUUCAUGGUCUCUGGCGGCUUCCCAGUUUUUUCAUGCCUCCGGACACCUACCCACCUUCCCUUCAAUACAGUGGGGUGCUGCGUUUGUGGGCUUUCCUCAAGGUCACACAGGGACUUUGCUUCCUGCCUCGUUGGUGACCCUUAACACCUUUGCCUCACAUAUCAUCUUUGCAGUUGGCUGUCCUCUGCUGCUUCUCUGGCCUCUGGUGUGUGAGGUGCGUGGUUCCCGAUCUACACGCUCAGCAGGAGUGGAAGAGAGCGAGGAUGCUGUCAUGGAGAUGAGACUGAGAGAAAACCCUCAGAAGUUCAGCUCAUGUCUCCUGCAGCUCUCUGCACGCUACCUGUUUGUCAGUGGAGCACAGGUUUUUGCAUCAGUUUGUGCUGCAGCCAUCCUCAGGAGACAUCUCAUGGUGUGGAAAGUUUUUGCACCCAAACUGAUGUUUGAGGCCUUUGGCUUCAUCGUGGGCAGUGUCUUUUUGAUACUGGGAGUUGCCAUGGUGAUGAGGGUGGACCUUUCAGUGGGUGGUCUGUUUAAGAAACUCCUCCCUCAAAACUCCAGGUAGCACUUGCUACCCCUAAUUACGCCCCUUUCCCAAUGACCACGCCCCUUUUCCUCAGUGAACACAUCCCUUACAACCAUAAGCCCAUCUAGGACUCUUCAAAGAUGUGGUGGAGACACUUAGCCAUCUAUCUCACUGCCAACAGUUUGGAUGGAAACUACAUCUGGCUUUGGACCAGAGGUCUAAAGCAUCUCCUCAUUUUCAAAGUCAAUAAUCCGAAGUGUUUUAUAAAAGCUGUUCUAGAAGACUGCAACAGUCAUAAUGCUUUCAACAAGCUAUUGAACUGUCAGACUUUGUUGCUACUGCCUUUUGUAUUUGAAAAGAGCAAGACAAAGGGAGAUGAUCUUUGUGCAUGCCUUUUUACUGCCAUGUUCCACAAGGUCAUUAUAGAGACGGUAAUAAGUUAUUAUAUUGAAGGGCUACAUGAAAUCCACGGUGUUGCAAUGGUAUAAACUCAUAAAAAAAGGAACAGUUCACCUAAAAUGUAAAUCAUGUCAUCAGUAACUCCCUUAUGUCAUUCCAAACCCAAAAGCUAUCUAGCUGACUACAUAUUAUUAGAGGAUUGAGGCCAGGGACAGUCGUGAUCACCAUACACCUUCAUUUUAUUGAAGUGGAACUACAGCACAACCUUCUGUGCUUUAUGGAAGAAAGUAAAUUGUACAUCUUUUGGUUGCAAAUGAUGACAGGGUUUAUUUUUUUUAGUUGAGCUGUCCCUUUAAGACACAAAUGCAUGCUAGAGGACAUCAUUAUUACAGCAGUUGACCUCCAUUUAUUUUCAGCAUUAUUUGAUGACCGAUAAUGUGGGGUUUUGUCUAUUUCUUAGCAAUAACCACCCAAGCAUCAGGGUUGAACCGAUAACUUGUUGUGUUGUGCACCAUUUGAAUGUGCGUGUUUAUUUUGGUCAGUUUUUCAUUUUGGCUAGGAAAAUGACAGAUAACAGGUCACUAGCUUUAAUGGUUGCCUUGUUUAUUCUGAUGUUAGUGAAUGAAAUUUGUAUUCCUGCGGUUUGCAUUGACUGUUAUUUAUUUAGUUCACUAAUGGAUUAAAUGACUUGUCUCAUUUUUGUGAGAAAUGCAUGGGGAAGAUAAUUACAUCUUGUACUCAGGUUAAUUUAGCCAUAAUGCAAUAGUAUUUUGCUCUGCAUGGUGAAUUUGUGUGUGAGAGAGGGGCUGAUUUUAGUUAUUUAAUUGUUUUUUAAGGAAAAUACUGUCAAGCCAUAGAGUGGCUUUAAAUAAUGUCUUAAUGUGUGGCUAAUGAUUGAAUUAGAGCUGUGAAAUCAUUUUAACUGUUCUAAAAUUGUUUAAAUUCAUCGCAUAAGUUGAGUAAAUCGAUUAAAUAUUUUGUACAAUUUGAAA